CUACCUUAAAAGGCUGUCAGAACGAUUGGGGAGGAAAAAAGUCCAGAAAAACGCGAGCUAUUUUUAAUUAGGUUAUUUGCUAUUGCAGCUGAUUCUCAAAACAAGGGACUUAAUUGGUUAAGGAAAACCUCGACUAAUCCUAAAACAAAAACAUUUCAUGUUAAAUAUUAACUCACUUCAUGUGACGGAAGGUCUUGGCAUAUGAAGAACUUAAGUCUGAACUAGCCUGAAGGGCAAAGAAUCAUAAGAAUUCUCUUCUCCAUUUCUUAAAUUUGGCUCCAAACAUCUGCCUCUGCCAGUACUGGCCUCCUGAGUGCCUCAACAAGCUGCCACUGUGAGUCGGGGAACCCUCAGAAAUUGCACGGGAGGCUACACUGUGACACACUACAUAUCCCUCAGGAUUUGCUUUUCAAGGUGCUGUAGUGGGGAAGAAGGGAGGGGAAGAUCUCUUGCACAAGUACCACAAGCAUAAAUUUGGAUAUAACCCUCUGGCAGAGGUCUUUCCCAGCUCCGUUAUCCGAGGCAUAAUAGAUAUUAAGACAAAUAUCUACUAUUAAUAGAUAUUAAGACAAAUAUCUACUAUUAUAGUAGAUUGUCUUAUGAUCUCUAUUUAUUAGGGAUACCCCCCCCUCCAGAUCUUAAUAACUAUCCCUGGGGAAUCACUGCUCUUAUUUUGCCUUUGGCUGGGGAUGCUAAACGAUGCCUCUCUUACUAAUGAUAUUAAACCACCCUGAGCCAUUUUUGGAAGGGUGGUAUAUAAAUCAAUCGAUCAAUCAAUCAAUCAAAUAAAUAAACAGUAAUGUGCACUGCUAGAGUUAGAUGUCUUCAGGUUCAACCCCAACCCCUGCAUUUCAAGAGGUUAACUACCCACUUGGAUAUAUCUUGUUUCUAGUGUGCCUGCAAUCAAACCCAUGCACAUGAACACUAAGACAUGGUAUAGUUAGCAGCUUGUUAUUUCAGUCACUUGGCUCAUUCCAACAUAACAUUUUAUAGAACAGCUUUGCUUUUCUAGUAUCUUUAACCAAAAGAAUUCCCUCUUUGCUUACAAAUCAAUGCAGGGCAGUCUAAUGUAAAUCACAUUAAUAAAGAGUUCAGCAGGUGGAGAAGAGCCUUUGGCAAUCUGCUUUAGUGCAGCGGCUCAUGCAACGAUCCUUGCUCUGAUAACAGAGCUAUUAAAAGUACAAAUAUGUACACAAAAAAGUACACAAGCAAGUCCUUAUUUCCACCUGUGAAGUGCUGGAGGGGAUGCAGUAAGACAGAGCUGUACAACUGUGGCCCUCCUGCAGAUGUUGGAUUACAACAUCCAUCAUGCCUGACUACUGGCCAUUGUGACUAGAGGUGAUGGGAGCUGCAGUCCAAAAACAACUGCAACCCUGUAAUAAAAUUCCCUAGUGGCACUUCACAGGUGGGACUUGCUGCCCAAAGCGGCCAAGGCUGCAUCCUGACUCCAGCCAUGGUUUGACCUUGGAUGUAUUGAUUUCUGACUCUUGUCAUAAGCCCUCCUAUUUGUUCCUGCCUGAGUGACAGCUGCUGCUUAUGCUGGCUCAAGGGAGGAGUAAUAGCAAAACUAGAUACGGUAAUGCAUUGUUUGUCUAACAUCUAUCGCUGCAGAGUCAUUCAUACUUUUGCUGCACAGAAUUCUUGAGCUGGGACAUGAAAGGCUCAGAACGGCAGACCUAAAGCAGGACUGGCUAGAAAUGCAAGUGUCUUCGGUCACGUAUUGUGUACAUGCCUUCGUAGCAAGGGGAGUCUUCAGAAUACAAACUAUUCUCCGGUUAUGCUUCCACACACAAAUAGGUGUUUAAAAAUCUUUCUUGAACUGCAGGGUUUGCUGCCUCUCCAUGCAUGACUCCUAUGCUUCCCCAUGACAGUGUUGAACAACCCCCAUUGGCAGGUCUGCUUAACAUGGUUGUUCCCUUUUUAACUACUCACUCCUCUUAACACAGCACUUUUGCUUCUGUGACAGAGCCUGUGCUACCUUACUGUAAGCAACUCCCAAUUCCCACCCUCUAUGUCUCACUCCCAUCACAGGGUACAUCAUGUCCAUUAUACUAAUCUAUUCUUGGCUAUUUGUCACUUGGCAGCAGGCUCCAGUCUCAGAGUGAGCAUGUUUCUUUUUUGCACAGAAACCUUGCGUCUGCUUUUGAAAGACUUCCUCCCUCUCCUCCCCUCCCACAUCAUACAAAUACUGAUGUAGGUUGAAAAUUUACAGACUCAGUAGACGCUUGGGGCUCAUAUUAAAGAAGAUGCUUGCUUCCUUGUGUAUGUUUACACAGUAAGCCUAUCCCUUAUGAGCCUCUAGGCAAACACUAUUCUAUUGGGAUUGGUUUUCCUGAUGUUUUUCUUAGGCCUGUAUAGCAGCCUUGUGGAAGGAUGAAUAGUGCAACUAAGGCAGAGAUAAGACUAAGCAGCAAAAUGGAUGCAUCUUCCAUCUAGCACUGCAGAAAAAGGAUUCCAACACAAUUAAGUGGGGAGAAGGACCGUCUUCCAACUGGAAGCCUAGGACAUGCCAAAUGAAUCAGCUCAAAUGCUAGUUCCUCCUUCCCUCUUCUCCGGUAGAAUGGAUGACAUUUGACUGAACUAUGGUCAGCAGAAAACACUUGGAGCCCAAAAGAUGAACCAACUUGAGGCAGCAAAAUCUGGGUUUUUAGUAUGCGUCGUGGGUUGCAUUUUCAUUUUUGCUUUUGUUUACAUUCGGAAUACAAUUCCCAAGGAAGAUGAGGAGCAAAAACUCCUCCCGGAAUUAGCAGAGUGUGGCUUUUAUCCUGAUGAGCUUUGCUCAGCUCUAUUUGAAGGCAAAAGUGCUGCUCCUCAAAUUGGCCAUUUCUGCCAGCAGAGACUUCAUGGACAAGAAAUGUCUGCCUGCAUAUGGACUCCCUGCAACUGCUCAAUGGUCCAGAAGACACUCCAUUUCAUUACAAGUCCACUGUCAGAAGAAGAAGGGAACUUCUCCUUGGCAUACAUCAUCACUGUUCACAAGGAGCUGGACAUGUUUAUAAAGUUACUCAGAGCCAUUUAUGCACCUCAGAAUGUUUAUUGCAUACACAUUGAUGAAAAGUCAUCAAAGGAUUACAAGGUGGCUGUGCAAACCCUAGUUAACUGCUUUGAAAACAUAUUUAUCACUUCAAAGAGAGAGAAUGUUGUCUAUGGGGGAUUUUCCAGGUUACAAGCAGAUAUCAACUGUAUGAAAGACUUGAUUCAUUCAAAAAAUCAAUGGAAUUAUGUUAUUAACCUUUGUGGCCAGGAUUAUCCUAUCAAAACUAACAAGGAACUUAUACAGUAUAUAAAAAGCAAAUGGAAUGGUAAAAAUAUGACUCCGGGAAUCAUUCAACCACCUCAUAUGAAAUACCGAACACAUGUGAGCUACAAAGAAUAUGUGCAUUCAGGAAAAUCAUACGUGUAUCCAACUAAGAAUGUAAAAAGUGCACCACCACAUAAUUUGACUAUAUAUUUUGGGGGUGCUUAUUAUGUACUCACGAGAAAAUUUGUAGAGUUUACACUGACAGAUGAACGUGCAAAAGAUUUGCUUGAAUGGUCAAAGGACACCUAUAGUCCAGAUGAGCACUACUGGGUCACCCUCAACCGGUUAGCAGAUGCUCCGGGUGCUACACCAGAUGCACAGUGGGAAGGAAAUAUACGUGCUAUCAAGUGGAAAGAUCAAGAAGGACAAGCCCACAACGGCUGCAAAGGUCAUUAUGUCAGAGACAUUUGUGUGUUUGGACUUGGGGACUUAAAGUGGAUCAUUGAAUCUCCUCAUUUGUUUGCCAACAAAUUUGAGCCAUCAACCUACCCACUUGUUAUGGACUGCCUAGAAAGGCAUUAUAGGCUUAAAGUACUCCAGCAGGCUGAAAUACCACUGGAAGCACACUGGCAUUUGCAAGAACACACUUAUUUUAAUAUGAAGCCAAACAUCUGAAUCAGCUGUGGCCAACAUUAGGAGGGCAAAAUCAGAACAAAAUUGGGAUGUGAAAGGAUUCUUCUUCUUUUAAAAUCACAUUUCAAGUGCAUUUUACAGUUUUGGGGACCGUAUUGCACAAAUUCCACAUUCUAUUGACAGUAUGAAAGGAAAAGCAAAAUAUCAGCAGAAUGCAGAGCCAAGGUAUACUAAACCCAAUGGGCAACAUUCAGGCAAGUUAGUCAUGACUAAGUUCAAUUUGUUUUAAAAUUGUUUUAACUUUUUGAUUGUUGCUUCAAUCUUUUUGUUUGUUGUAAACUGCCCAGAGACAUGAGUUUGGAGAGGUAUGCAAAUAUACUAAAUAAAUGCAUUUAAAUCAAUGGGAUUUAAGUUAGUCAUGACUAACCUGUCUCACUGAUUAAAUCAGAUUAAGCUAUCUAGAAGAUGCUCAGCAUCAUUAUCAAUAUGGAGUUCUCCAAACAAAACAAAACAAAAAAUCAGAGCGGCAACAUUUAAUUAAUCAGUAAAUAAAUUAAGAAAACUUUUUCUUAAUAUAAAAGAUUAACUGAGCAGCAGAUUUUAAAGAUGCUAAAUAGUAUUUUUUAAAACAAAAACAAAAAAAGGCAGUAGACAACAACUUAGAAAAGGCACUUAUUUCUCUUUCAUAUCGAUAUGAAUGUUGCUUCUAAGAUGACACUGGCCGCAAUAUACAUGCAUCUUCUAAAAAGAAAGUUUCUUUCCACCUCAGAACUGCAUUAUCUAUAUCCAAACAUAUGUAGAUUUGAUUAUUCAACUAAAACGCGGUCAAUCAACAAGUUUUAUUUAUUUUGGAAUGACAGAAAUCCUAAGAAAGAGGAUUCAAGUAAUCUAAGUUAUAUGUGAAAAACACACAAGCAACACAGUAUAAACACAUUCCCAAAUGGACAUGUCACUGAAUGAAGAAAGUAUGGAAAAGACUCAAGCUGAAAUUUGGUGUUCCAUGGAUUCAUAUGGAAGAAAAAAAAUUGCAACUUACUGAAAGGAAAGCAACAGUAAAGGACUGGAUGGGACUGAACAAAGAUAUUGUAACAGUAUAGUAAUACUUUAGUUUUCAGAUGAAUUUUUAAAAUGAUCCAUUUUUUGUACUGAAUGUUUACAAGAAGGAUUACAGGGAGAACACAAUCUUAAAACAAAGAUGUUUUAUAUUUAUAAAAUACUAUAUACAUUGUCACCUAAGAAGUUUCUGGAAUGAAAGCUUGAAGAUACAGUCACAAAGACUACAGAUUUCCUCUAAUCACUUAAAAUGGCAAGAUCCACACUGAGCACAUGGACCUUUUUGUUUCUCUAGGUGAAUAGGGAAAAUAUUGUGUGUUUAUGGUUUUCAAGACCGUGACCAAUGUGUCUUUUCCCCCCUCUUCAAUUUUUACUUGAGAAUUUUAGAACAAGGAUGGCCAACUGGAGGUACAUGAAAUAAAUCUGGCCUAUAAAUCAUUAUGUUUUACUGCUAAUGUACAUAAAAUUUAGCCCACAGUUUCACUUGUGAAGGUAAGGAUGAUGAUGUGCAAUACGUUUCUGGGAAGUGCAUGAGGUCCAUGAUUUAAUGCCAGAUGAUCUAUUUUGAGUUUUACACAAUGCCACAAUCAUGCCUGAGCACGUGUUUUAUUUCUUGUGCAAUUAUGAUGCUAGCUAGCAGCUGGCCAGCUAGGAAGCGGUUGAAUUUAGUUAUUUAUUUAAAAUAUUUCUACACCGCCCAAAACCUGCGUCUCUGGGCGGUUUACAAUUAAAAAUAGUGUAUAGUGUAUACACUAUAGUGAAUAGUGUAGCAAAAUGCACUUCUAGGCUACAGGUAUCUGCAGAACAGAGCCCACCCCCACAAUACUGAAGUAGGCCAUCAUUGUUUUCAAAUACUUUUUGUAGUCUCAAUCACUGGUUUUAUGACGUUUGGUUUUAUGAAGCCAUGCAGUAGUCAAAGGCUGGAUCUAUUCAUGCAGCAAAUUUCAAUGGUAUAGUGCAUUGCAUCAUUUCAGACUGCAGGUGCUGGGUAGGCAUGUGCAUGAACCGAGGUUUGUAUACUCAUCUGAAUGCAGACCAGUUCCAUGACCAUGCAGACCAGUUCCUCAUACAGGAAUGCAGACCAGUUCCUCAUACAGGAGGCCAGAGGUGUGCCGGCGCCCUGCCAUGGCAGCACAUGGGCUGCUGGUGAGAGCACUGCGGCAGCAGGAAGCUGCCUGGAGGGGUGGUCCCACAGGCAAGGACCUGCUUUUGGUUGGUUGGUUGUGCCAUCAGGUCAGUGUAGAGUCCUACCAAUCACAGAGCCAUGUGGUUGCCUUCUCCCGUGCAGUAUAAGAUGAUGACUUUCAGCACCUUCCUAUAUCGCUGCUGUAUAGGAGUUUCCCAUAUUCUGGGAAACACACCAGCAGGGAUUCGAACCAACAGCCUCCUGUCUCUAGGCAGGUUGCUUCCCCGCUGCUUACUUACUUUUAAAGGUGCCGCAUGCCACCCCCCACAAUCCACCGAACCAAUUCGUGGUUGGGUUGACCUGGUAUGAACCGGUUUACAAAACCACAAACCAGUCUGCAUUUGGACCAGUGUUCAUGCACAUGCCUUUGCUGGGUUCAGUUCUUCAACAUUCGUUAUAUAAAAGUCAUCCUGCAGUUAGAAAACUAGUACAUACAACUGAAAUACUUUAUUCCAGCCUUUUUCACUCUAUGCUGUUUUUCUACUUACAUGAUAAACAAAAAUAUACAUGAGGGACCAUCCAAGAACCAUUACCAUCUCCAGCUGCAAUCACAAGAGAUGCAAAUCCAUUCUACCACAUUCAUAUUUUGCCAUCUUGUACCACUGAAUGUGUAGAUCCAGCCUUAACAUUCAUCAGCUAGACUGAGGUGCAUGCUUCCAAACAGAAGAUAGAGUGCACCUUGUCACAAGGCUGAAGGAGACAGGCUAGUACCCAGAACGGGGAUCAAAACUAUCUUCCCACUCCCUCCUUGUCACUGCAGCCUUCAGUAGUUAGAAAAGCCAUUCCUGAGGGUUGAGGGGCCUGCACCAAAAAACAUGAGAUCAGGCUUCAGGUGCUGGAGAGGAGGGAUUUCAAUGAAAAUAGGUGCAGGCAGGAAAGAGCUUUGUGCAGACGGAGUGAUAGUCUAGAUGCCAGCCACAUGCUUUAACAGAGUAGGUUCAGCUAAAUAAAAACCAUGUGACCAUUUUUACUCUACGACUGUUAUAACUGCCUAACAACAAUGCGGUGAAUGUGAAAUAAACCAUCAUAGACCUGC